GAGAGAGAGAGAGAGAGAGAGAGAGAGAAGUUAAUUCUACAAACCUCUUAAGUUCUCCAGAAGUUCCGAGUUCCCACCUUCUACUGAAGUUUUUGUUCUCUCUGCAAUUGAAGAUUCUCGCUACCUGAAUUGGAGGAAUAAUGGCAGAACAAGCCUACACUGUAGCAUCCGACAGCGAAGCCACCGGGGAGGAAAAAUCCGUAUCUCCUACCCAAGAAAUCGCAAUCGGAAUUGACAUUGGGACAUCUCAGUGCAGCGUCGCAGUUUGGAAUGGUUCGCAAGUCGAGCUCCUCAGGAACACCAGGAAUCAGAAAAUGAUGCUUUCAUAUGUCACCUUCAAAGACGAGAUUCCGGCCGGCGGCGUAAGCAAUCAACUUGCACACGCGUACGAGAUGCUGUCUGGCGCCGCUGUGUUCAACAUGAAACGUCUGAUCGGCAGAGUCGAUACCGACCCCGUCGUCCACGCGAGCAAAAGCCUCCCGUUUCUGGUACAGACUCUGAAUAUCGGCGUCCGGCCGUUCAUUGCCGCGCUAGUGAAAAACGCAUGGAGAUCGACUACCCCCGAGGAAGUGCUCGCGGUAUUUUUCGUGGAAUUAAAGUCGUUGGCGGAAGUCAAGCUGAAGCGCCCCGUCCGGAACGUCGUCCUGACGAUUCCGGUGUCGUUCAGUCGAUUUCAAAUCAGCCGGGUCGAGCGAGCUUGCGCCAUGGCCGGUCUGCAAGUCCUGAGGCUGAUGCCCGAACCGACUGCGAUCGCAUUGCUGUAUUCUCAGCAGCAUAGCGCGCAAGAGAAUUCCGGCAGCGGGAUCGAAAAGAACGCGGUGAUAUUCAACAUGGGCGCCGGAUUCUGCGACGUCGGCAUCACUGCCACGGCCGGUGGGAUUUCGCACAUAAAAGCGUUAGCCGGAGCCGCCGUCGGAGGUGAAGACAUACUUCUGAACACGAUGCGGCACCUCUUACCCGAAAUGGACGACCUCUUCGCCGCACGCGGGAUAGACGAGAUCAAGAAAAUGGGUUUGCUUCGUGUUGCGACGCAGAAUGCGAUACACAUUCUCUCGUCUCAACCGACGGCCAAGAUCGACGUCGAUUUGGGAGACGGGAAAACCAUCCGCAAGAGCCUCGACAGAAACGAGUUCGAGAAAGUGAACCAGGAAGUGUUCGAGAAAUCCGAGAGCCUCGUCCGGAAGUGCUUGCUUGACGCAAAAGUCGACGUCAAGGAUAUAAACGACGUAAUCCUCGUCGGCGGGUGCUCCAACGUCCCGAAGCUACGCGAGAUCGUAACCGGGAUCUUCAACCGCGACCCCUACUCGGGGAUCCACCCGUUCGAAGCCGCCGUUCGCGGCGCGGCGUUGGAGGGCGCGCUCGCGUCGGGGGCGACCGACCCCUUCGGCAGCCUUGAUCUAUUAACGAUUCAAGCGACGCCGUUGAGCAUCGGAAUACAAGCGGACGGCGACAGCUUCAUCCCGAUCAUUCUCAAAAACACGACGAUACCGGUGCGGCGGGAUCUAUUCCUCACGACUGUGCACGACAACCAGGCCGAGGCGCUCAUUAUCGUCUAUGAGGGAGAUGAGAAGGUCGUCGAGAAAAACCAUCUCUUGGGCUAUUUUAAAAUCGGCGGCAUACCGCCAGCGCCGAAGGGUGUUCCCGAAAUCAACGUGUGCAUGGACAUCGAUGCGUCGAAUAAAUUGAGAGUCGCUGCGGGAGUUGUUAUGCCGGGUGGGCGGAACCCGGAAGUCCCGUUUAUCGAAGUGAGGAUGCCGUCGGUGGACGACGGGCACGGAUGGUUCGCGGAUGCGCUGAACCGGGUUCACGGGUCUUCGCUGGAUUUGGUUACGGUUAAGCGUUGACGAUAAGGUACGCGUCGUGGUUAAUUUUCAAUGAUUAGUGUAUAGCUUUCUGUGUUUUGCGAAACUCGGGUUCUUCUUUUUUAGUCGCGAAAUAAUGUUGGUGGUUAGAAUGCAUGUUGAUAAGGUGUCUGAGUCGGGUGUUUGGUCGAGUCCGGGAGAGCGGUUCUUCGCUUGUCGAGUCGGGUUUUAUUUACUAUUGUUUUGUUCGUCGUCGUUGUCGUCAUCGUCGUCUGAGUAAAUGCGGUAUGUGUUGCGGGAGACACUUGUGAAUGAUUCCAAUCUUUUCGUUCCAACGUUUGUUUGUUUGUGUGGUGUUUUGAUAUGA